CUUUGCUCCUUCCACUCCUCCUACACGUUUCAGUUCCCACGAUCUUCCUGUCGACCUUUCUCUCCUCCUGUUGCCUUUUUUUUUUUCACCUAAACCCACUCUCGAGUCGAGUCACCUUUGUUGUCGUCCCAAUCGACCGUGGUUCUUCACUGUCGCCAUUAGCCUUCUGUACCCCGUUGCUUAUAUUCGGCAUUGAUUUGGACUCUUCAGCCUUCCCGAUCGUGUCUGAGACACCUCGCGUACCACCACUUCCACACUGAAUCUCACUCGCACCUUUUGACACCAUCAUCCUUCGCCUUUUGCAGUUGGUCUUCUACUUCGCUCGCCGCCUGCUGAGCAACCUCAACGACUCCCUCGUCUUUCAUCCUAUCCUUGACCUGCGCCGGUGGACUGGCUCCAGUCGGCUCCUUAACCACACCUCCCACCACGCAGCCACCCAUCCCCUCUCUUCUCCUGGUCCAAUCCUCGAGUGCGCCUUGAUGAUCAGCUAGACUUGCUUGUGCUACCUCCCACCCCACCUCUGUCAAGCUGUCUGAAUCCUCGCCUCCCUAGCUCCUCGUCACUGCAACCUUGUCUGUCGUUCGUGUCACCCGAGUUUGACUUGUAAAAGAAUAAGCCACCAUGGCGAGCAACAUCAUUGGGAACAGGAACAGUACCCCAGAGGCCUCCAAGACUUCGCUGCGCCCUCCCUCCUCCAGAACUGCCGGCUCGACAAAUGCUCAUAGUCAGCAAGUUCGAUCUUCAGCCGACAUGUCUUUCAACUCUCCACUUUCCGCAAGGUCCAUUCGUCCUGCCUCCGAGGUCCUUUAUAAUCAACAAUCCCAGCAGGGCGGCCUCGACGACUCUAACAGGUUGGGUGAGCAGUGGAUUCAAGACAUCGAACAGUACGAGACUAUGCUGGAAGAGAUGGCUGCUGCCACUUUGGACCAAGAUUUCAAGGACGAGCUGAGUGCCAUUGAACAAUGGUUUCGAGUCUUGAGUGAAGCUGAACGUACGGCCGCCACAUAUGCUCUGAUACAGCAGACUACCCAGAUGCAACAACGAUUCUUCGCUCAGGUCUUGAACCAAAUGUCCAAGAGCCACCCGAUAUCUGGCAUUCUGUCUCCCGCCAACUUUGGGGAGAAGGACCCCAUGUCUAGUCGUUUGAGCGAUGCCAUGUCAAAGCUCAAUGCCGACGACCGGAGAAUCUCUCUUGGUCGACCCUCUCCGGUGUCUCCUGCUGGAAAUAAGCGUAAUUCCGGGCUGGAUCAGUCAACCAUCCACGCCAUGUUUCCCGACGCUGUCGCUGCUAUUCAACAACAAAAGGCAGAAUACGCACAGCAGACUGGCAACCUCCCCCCUUCCAACAGGAACAGCACCAUUGGAGAUCGCACUUCUCUUGUCGCCCCCACCAUCUCAGCACCCAGAGAGAACAAGUCGGACGCCUUGAGUUGGCGUCAAGGUCCAGAUUCACAACAGCCUCCUAUUUCUCGUCCAAAAUCUUCCUCCGGCCAAACUCAAACGCUACCGCCACCUCCCAUGGGCCAAUUUGCGCAACCACCCUCAUCUGCAGGCGGUCUACGCUCCCCUCGGCCCCCAGGAAUGACUUCUGGCAACAUCCAAAACACCACCUUGACCGCACCAGACCACGGAGGUAGCGAGCUCCCUAUGUUGUCUCCAUACAAUGUCGGCAACCAAAGUUGGGCCUCGAUGAGUAAUACUCCAAUGGUGCCCAGCUUCAAUCAGUCCCCUGCUCAUACUGACAUGGUGGCUAAUGCGACAGCCAUGAAACUCGCCGCACUUUCGACCGUCAACAAUAGAAUUGCCUUGGAUGAUGUCAAAAAGUAUCGCCGGGCAAGGUCUAACGAACCACAAGUCCCUUCACAGCCGGCUCUGUCUCCUGGUCUCAAUUCCCUUGGCAUUCCUGGUAUUAACACCAUCAUGGUUAACGACCACGGUCAGAUCCUAAAUGCUCAACAAGUUGCCGCAAUUCAAGCUCAGCAGAUCGCCGCUGCACAAGGUCAUCGUUCUCGUCCCAACUCUCCGGGCUUGCCUUUGCAAACUCCUCUUGGUCAAACGAGCUUCGCUUCACCACAACACAACGGUUUCCUUGCCGCAUACGAUGGGGGCCAAAUGAUGAUGGGACAAGGCCUGCCUACUUUUAUGCCAACAGUCGUUGGAAGCGAAGGCUAUCUCUCAGACCACUCCGAAAUCAAUCGUGGACGUUCGCCGAGAGGUCGCCGUGGAAGUUCCAAACCUCCCGAGGACCCCACAGAUCCGGUUCUGCUCCAAGACAUUCCCGCCUGGCUUCGGUCACUGAGACUGCACAAAUAUACCGACAAUUUGAAGGACUUGAAGUGGGAGGAGCUGGUGGAACUUGAUGACAAGGGGCUAGAUGCUCGAGGCGUCAAUGCGUUGGGCGCCAGGAACAAGAUGUUGAAGGUGUUUGAACAGGUCAAAGAAGCCCGGGAGGAAGGGAAAAUAGCAGGCUGAACGACUCCAUGGAACGGGACGGCAAAAGGUGCUUGCGAUUAAACGACACGACCGAAGGAUCGAAGCUGGGCCUUCUAUCUUGUACGACGACUAGACUUGAAAUCUCCUGCUCCAAGCUGGCCAUUGACAGGACCGGAUCAUUUUGUUGCCUGUCUCUUAGAACAUGUCCUCGAUGGUACCUACGAACCGACGCCCGCGGCCUCUUCUAAUGACAUGUAUCCACGUCUAAUCAACUAAGGAGGACCACUGAAAAGGUUACAUAUAGCGUGAUGAUACCACGCAUGCACCUACGGACGACUUUUCUAUGUUCAAUAAUCAAACCUCGUGCAUCAA